CACUCACCUCGCCACCUCCCACCCCGCCCUGCUCACCAUCCACAUCUAAACCCUAUUUUCCCCUCUUUCUCAAAUUCAUUCACACUUUCACCAGCACCAAGCCACUCAGAAUAUCCAUGGACCUAAGUGACGCCACCGAAGCACACGGAGAUUCUUGCUAUCGGGCGUAUAAGAGCCCCAGACAGAGUACUAAAGACGAAGAGUUUUGAGACGGACGAAGGGCGGUGGAGGGCGGGAGGGCGGCGGCCACAGGGGCAGACGCGUCCUCGUACCAUAACAAACAUGGCGAGCCUCCACAGGGAAAGUUGACCGCAAAUAUGACCCAGUUCGGCGGCAUUACUCCCUCUAGGCACCGAAAAUCCUGAGAGACAAGUGCCAGGGCCAUAGCGGAAGCCUGGGCACGGAGGAAAUCUAUUGGAGAUGAGGUCGCCGGCGGAGGGGCAAAUUAAUCUCCUCUGACGGACUUCCUGUGCCAGUGAUCGAGCAGGACUCCUUUUUAGUGAGCCUCGGUGCUAAGUGGUGGAAAUAGUAUCCGGGAGUGCUUUGGACACGGUGCCGUUGUUUAGCCAGUGGACUAUAACCUGUUGAAAUGACGAUGAAGGGUGAGAACGGCAGGUGAUGGUGGGCGUGGGACCGCGGGGGCCAGUGUGGGCCCUUGGGGGGGCCUACACCCCCGCUCACUCUGCCGCUGGCCACAACUUCCUUGAUGUGCUGGGAGAAGAGGCUGGGGGCAGGCCACUGGAUGGGGCCACCCUCACUGUGGCCCUGGACGUGGUGCAGGCGUGGGCGGUGCUCAUCACCGUCGGGUUCACACUGGUGCUCUUCCUUUUUCUGGCAUUCUGUGUGUGUGCCAGGAAAGAAGACGGAUAUGAUGACUAUGACCUGGACCAAGGGAUCACGACAGUCAAGGUUUGCCAUGAUGGUGGCGAAAAUGGGCUGGGCAGUUUUCCACGCAUCAAUGGGUCCAACAUCCUUAAAGGGAGUGAUGAUGCCUCCCAAGCCUCUAGUAGGUGCACACUGAAGAGGGAACUCCCAGCCAUUCCCCUUAGUGCCCAGCCAGAUCCAGCAGGCCCGGAGUGUAAUGUGGAGCGCACCCAGUCCCAGCACUCCUCUGACCUGUAUGCUGCUGUUGGGGAUGUGGAUGGUGGCAGUGGUAUAGGCAAGGUCAUUGGAGGGGUCCAGGUGCUCCCAGCAGGUGCCAUUGGGCCUGACGGUCGGGCUGCCAUUAUCAGGGACCCCACCCUCACCUCCCCCACUGACCCCACACCCCCUGCUCCACAUUUGGAGGCUGGGGGAGUUGAGGGGGCAGCAGCUCACCCUUAUGCCAAAGUAAAGAAGAAUCAUCCAUACGCUCAUGUGAAACUACCAAAGAAGGAUCAUCCAUAUGCUAAGGUAAUCCGUGAUGAUUCUGAAGACCCAGAAACGGAUACUGACAACUAUGAUGACCCUAAAGCCAUUACCAAAGAAAAGAGUCCUGGAUGGAGCUCAGAGGGCGGGUAUGAGCCGGCUCCUCCGGUACCUGAGAAGAGAUUUGACCUUGAGGAGGAAAGCACCCAAGGAGCUGCCGCACCUGACCACAUGAUGGCUACAUCUGUCACCUCGGCCUCCUCUGGGAAGGGACCAGCCUCACCAAGGUCACCCCAUCUCAGUGCCCGGCCUGUGACAUCAGGCAGCACCCCUUCACCCACGUCUCCAGCCCCCAACCAGUCAUCUUCCACUGAGAUCCAGGCAGCCUUGGCUAUCUCAGGGAGGACACCAGCCAAUGAGGAGAUGCCUUACAUGACACCUCCCCUCCACCAUGCUGGCAUAGAUAUUUCAGCACAACAGAACUUCAGUGGGGACUCCCAGGACUCAAGAGGCUACACCAGCAUCAGUGUCCGAGAGCCUUUGGCAGCAAUAAAGGCACAGACACAAGCAUCCAAUGCCCCUCAGACAGCAGGAGUUCAAGCAGGGGAAGGAGAAGGGUACUACAUGACUGUCUCAGAUGACUCAGCUGAUGAGAUGUAUGCCUGCAUUUAUGAGGGCAAUAGAGGGGUAGGCAGUGAGACUUAUGCACAAAUAGAGCCCAGAUCAACACCUCCCCCACCUCCUCCUCCGAUGCCCAGCCCACCACACGCCCCAUCAACUCCCUCUUCUGCCCGUGGGGAGUCACAGCCUCCUCCGGCACCUCCGAGUGUUGACAGUCUGCGUCAUGUUGUGCACUCAAGACAAGCCUCGUCCAGCAGCGCCGCCAGCACGGUGAUGGGCAGUCCAGGAGCUGAGAAGAGGGGCACACGCUCCCCCUUGCCACCGCUGCCUCAAGGAGACACCAGUAUGUACUCUGGCCACUCACCUCAGCCCCCACACUCUCCGCCUCGCGCUGUUGCACCACUGGUGGAGAGACCCACUCAGAGGGCACUAGAGGAGAUGUAUGCCAAGGUGAUGAAGAAGCAGCGUCCAGGCCAUGCACGCGGAGACAGCUGUGGUGGUGGUGUUGGUGGGGAGAGUGAUGCUGGCAGUGUGUCUUCCUCCCGUCGAGGUUCAGUGGAUGUAGGAGGAGCCACCCGCUGGGGGACACAUGCAUCCUCUCCACCAACCACUCCCCGUCAGUCGGUUGAUCUUGGAUCCAUGACUCGUAGUCUUGUUGAGACCCGUAACCAUGAGAUUGUCUCCUCCAUCAGUCGGGCAAAGUCUUAUGAAAAGACAGGAGUUUGGGGCACCACUGCACAACAUCCCCAGCCCUCCUUGCCUAACCCUAACUAUGAGACCAUACCCCAGAUGCCCCCAACCAGUUUCUAUUCCGGCUCAGACCCUGGCUAUGAAACAGUGAAGAACUCUGAGCCGGCAUAUGCCAGUGUGGAAAGACCAGAGGAAAACUACCCUGGGUAUGAAACAGUGAAGCCCACCUCAGAUAUAGAAUCUGAACCGGGUUAUGAAACUCUUAAACACCGUGAAUAUGAACCUGGCUACGAGACUGUCACUGGUGAAACCAAGCAGGCACCCUCUGAGCCUGGCUACGAAACAGUUGCUCAUGAAAAGAUACAGGAGGACUAUGAGCCUGGUUAUGAGACUGUGACACAUGGCAGGACAGACCCUGGCUAUGAGAUGGUAAAAGGAAAGCCAGGAAGUGAGUUUGGAGACCCUGGGUAUGAGGAACUGAAGGGAGCAGUUCACCACCAUCCACGAACUAUCUCUGAAAAUGACCCUAACUAUGAGCAACUGAAGUUUACUAGUCGAACGUCAAGUGAAGGUGAGUCAGAGCCUGGAUAUGAGGUGGUGAAAAAGGCAGAAGAGGCAGAAAGUACCUAUGAAUUCAUGCGGGAUUAUGACACUCAGCAUUUCCCACCAUAUGACAAAAUAACACAAGAUGCAGCCCCAGUUCAGCAGGCACCUGCUCCUCUCUAUGCCACUGUUCAGAAAGGCUCUGACAAAAAAACCAAGAGCCCAGAGGAUCCCACAACCACUCAACCAUCUGGGGUUCUGGAGAGUAACAUUGACAGCUUUCCACCAUUAGGGGGAACAGAGGUCUUGAUGAGGAUAGGGUCUAAGGAAGAGAAGGACAUGACACUACCCCUCACCAAGAUGACGGGACAGAUGGAGUCUUCUGAUGUGAGGUCACCAGAUGAAAAGAGCCCCAGGACGUCACCAGAGAUGAAGAGUCCCAAAGGCUCACCUUCAUCAUCAGCAAAGAGUCCUAAAGGAUCUCCUCCAAGUCAGAGCCCAAAAGACUCUCCUUCUUCAAAGAAAAGUCCCAAAGGCUCUCCCCAGUCAGUCAAAAGUCCAACAGGCUCUCCCCAGUCAGUCAAAAGUCCAACAGGCUCUCCCCAGUCAGUCAAAAGCCCAACAGGCUCUCCCCAGUCAGUCAAAAGCCCAACAGGCUCUCCCCAGUCAGUCAAAAGCCCAACAGGCUCCUCCCAGUCAGUCAAAAGUCCAACAGGCUCUCCACCAGGAAAAAGUCAUAAAAGUCCUUCCUCACCAAAACCCCCAACAAGUUUUUCACCAGUACUAAAAACUCAAAGUAGCCCUCCACCUUCAGUAAGGAGUCCAGACCAGUCUCCUAAGGAAGCUCAGAGCCCAGCGAGCUCUCCUAAACAGGAUAAGAGUCCUUCAGGGUCCACACUAGCCAAAAGUCCGAUAUGUUCUCCAAGGCAAGCUAAGGGUCCAGUAUGUUUCCAGUCUCUAGCCAAGAGCCCAGUAUGCCCUAGGGUAGGAGGUCCCUUGGCAGCAUCUGGACUUAAUGACAGCUCAGGGGAAGAAUCUCCACCUAUGAUGAGAAGUCCAAGUCCAGAUAUCGAUGUUCCACCUUCCAGAAAGAGUCCAGUAGCAUCACCCACUGUGAAGACUCCUUUGAAGGAAAGUCCUCCAAUGAUGAAGAGUCCCAGCCCUGACAUGGACUUGCCUCCUGCCUGUAAGAGUCCACCAGGUUCUCCACCUAAGGAGGAGAAGGAAACGCCUCCCAUGAUGAAGAGUCCCAGCCCUGACAUGGACCUGUCUCCUGAAAGAAAGAGCCCAGUUGGUCCUCCUAUAACUACCAAGGAAAGCCCUGAGUCCAAGCCCAAGAGUCCUGACAUUGAUAUUCCCCCACCAACCAAAGUACCUUCCCCUCCAUAUUCUCCAGGGCAUGAGACUCCCUCACUCACUAAGAGCCCGAGUCCAGAUAGUGAAGCUGCCUCACCUGUUAAGACCAGCACUGAGGAUCCUAUUGCCCCAACUCAAGUCUCAGUAAUAGCAGCAGUAGAAGGAGCAGCCUCCUCUGAUUCUAGCUCCUUGUCGGAGGCUACCUCCCCUGUGGCUACUGUUCCAUCAGCAGCAGCAGAUGAGAAUACUGAUAAACCUGAAGUUUCAUUAGAAAGUGAACAGGUUACCCAGAAUGCAGAUCUCUUCAAUAACUUGAGGGCCAGUGAAGGGGUUCAGUUUUCAUCACUUACAAGUGAGAAUCUUGAAGAGUCAGCCCCAACAGUGUCAGAAGAGCCUGAGACCCUACCAGUCCAGGCAGAGGUGAUUGGGUCUGAGCGUGAGGGUUCCCCAAUAGCAUUCAGCAGUUUAGGCUCUGAGGACCUUCCUGCUCCCCUUCUAGCAGAUGACACACAAAAUCAACCCCAGGAGACAGUAAACCCACUAUACUUGCUGGAUGAGGUCAAUGAUGCUAGCCUUGAACAUGUGCCAUACAGCAUGCAGGAUCCAGGGCCCCCUCCCCCCCUCUCAGGACCAUCCAGCUUGUGUGGGGAGCUGCCUCCUCCCCCACCAAUGGUCAUGGACAUGGAUGAUGCAGUCUUUACCAAUGACCUGCCCCCACCCCUACCGGAGUCCGCCCCCUUCAUGCCGCGCACCAGCACACUUUGUGAUGACACCCCCCCGCCCCCUUUGGUUCCUCCCUCUGAUGUAGAAGGGCUUGAUGAGAUGCUGAACUUAGCCAACAUGGGCUCUUCCUCCUCAGGGAGUACUGCAGGCCAGCCUGGCAGUCUUCAUGGGAACUCAGAAAAGGACUCAGACUCACCCCAGGAGCCCAGUGUUAUGCUAAUGGAAGGAAGUGUUGGUGGGGAGGAGCUGCCUCCUCCGCCCCCUCUUUCUGAGCCUGCAGAACCCUCAGAAGUCAAGCCAGAAAAGGAGGCUGACUCUGAAAUGGACAAUUCAAUAUCUUCAGGGUAUGAGGGUGGAUUCACUGCUGGGGGUGUCACUGUCACAGUCAACCCCAUGGCUGAAGUAGAGGAAACCCCAGAACCCCCCCCACCCCCUCCCCUGCUCUCCAGUGAGUCCCCCCAGGCUCCAAGUGAACCUCCUCAAGUGGCACCCCCUUCCCCAAUCAUUGCAACAGCUGUGGGAGCCAGCAGUGCUGGAAGUCAGAGUAGCAGCAGUGGGUCAGGGAGCCAGGACACAGGUAGUGGCAGUGUGGAGAGUGUGGUGACAGUGGAGUGUGUGCCACCCCCAGACAUCCCUGGCCCAGCUGCUCAGCAGGCUUCAGAUUCCUCAUCCAGCCCAGAGAACCAAAACUUGGAGCAGCAUGAGCAGAUCACACCAGUCUGAGGCCUCCCACAUGUAGUAACAAUGGGCAAUGAAGGCAGUAGUGGACCAGGCACGGUUUUGUAGGUAUGGUUGCUCAGGACACUCUAGCCCUCACUUCCUACUAGAAUGGGUGAGCUCACUUGUCAUGCGCCAUCAGAGGCCGAUAUCUACUGUAGAUGGGUAAUUGAUAACCCUAAUGUUAGUCACAUCUUCACGUAUCGCAAUCAUGUGGACCAUCUCAGUUAGGCAACGCUACUAAUAGUGGAAUACUCUGGUAGUUGUUGGCUGUGAAAUAUUGAUAUUAUACUAGUUCCCUUCUAGAUAGGAAAAGAAUUCCUCAAUAGAUUAAGUAAUAUUAAUGGUGUCAUUGAUGUGGGUUUGUCAGUGGUGGCAUUUUCUUUGCCCUACUGUCUGGCAGUACCCUUUAGUUUUAUCUACAUCUUAUAUCUUUGUGAGCAAGCUGCUGCAGGUUUAUAUGAAAAGCAAUUUCUAUGGUUAUUUUUCCUAAUUACAUCAAACAUUUGUCUAGUGAGUGGGAAGCUGGGUUUGGUAUUGAAAUUUUUACCCUGUAACAGAUUGUAUGUUUGUAUAAGUAGGGGAAAUGAGGCAGUGGAGCACUUGUUUUCUACAAUUAGGUAUGGCUGAGAGUAGCAGUAGCAAGGAUAACCAUGGUGUGUCUGACAAGACUGUGGCAGCUCCACCAGCUACCUUGAGUGUGGUGGGCAAACAAUUCCCCAUCAAAAAAUUUGCUCUGAAUGUGUCACCAAAGUUCCUGUUUUUUGCAAAGAGAAGCAGGUGAAAGCUUUAUGAUCUUUACUGUGUGUUCAUUACAUGUAAAGUGACAAGUUGUAUUUAUCUUGCUGUAUGGUUGUAUCUGGUCAGGGGUCAGAUUAUUUGACUCAACUGACUUAGUUUACCUCCAUCAGAAUAUCUGGCAGUAGUUCAUAUUCUAGGUCAGCAUGUAUAGUUCAUUUACCUUUUCUUUGUAGGUGUGCAAAUGAUACCAGUGGCGUUUCAAUCAGUAGCAAAGUGUCUGCAGAGCAUCAUGCAGUCAAGUAGAUAUACAAGCUCAAUUGCACCUCACAGUUGUUAUAAUAUUACCUCUCAGUGGUGUUACAAGACUCAUCAUUGAGAGUACAGUCUCACAGAGGCAGACUCUUGUUUUAGCUGCACAUGCAAGUAGCCUCUCACCAUUUACUUCUCUUGUUAAAGCACUGAGAGUGGAUGCGAACUGAUGUGUGGCAAUUGUGAGACCCCUUUUGCCUUUGAAAGUUAUCCAGAUUUUUAAAUACACUUUAUGUUCUUGAUAUCAUACCAUUCACUUUAUUACACAAUUUUCAGGAGUUAGCAUGAUUGAGUUUCAACAGUGAUGAGGCUUGUGAAUGAGAGGAAGUGAUGAUCUUAAUCUGUUCUAUUGAAAAUGAGCCUUCAGUGCCCUGUUUUUGGAUAAGAUGCAAAUCCAGUAUGUAUUUUGUCUUACAAUUUAUAAAAAUCAAUAAUCAUGCUCAUUCUGUAUUGACAGAUAAUAUAUGAUUCAUCUUGUAAUGAAUGCAAAGGAUUAGCUCAGCCAUGAUUUAUUAAUAUAUUUUGUAAGGUAUACAGUGAAACCUUUUACCACAGUGUAUGAUGUUCCGAGCUGGUCACUAAACUUUAAUACUACUGUAGAGGAAGUAUUUUGCUAUAUAUAAUCAAAUACUGGUACUGUUAAAGUGUUAACAAAUACCUGUGGCCCUGAAGUAGGCCUUCUCAUGCAUUUAAAUGUUUUGUUUAAUAGUGAAAAUUUCCUUUGAUUUAUAUUCUUUAAGACAUCCUGUAUGAUCUUGCCCUAGCAAAUUAUUGGAUGUUUCAUAUGAUCUCCAUAAUCAUCAUAAAAGCCACACUAUUUAACACUGCCAGAUCACUAACUUAGCUUCAUGACUGACUUGUGUAAUGCAAACUCUUAACCUGCCAGGCUGAGAUAUGUAAUACCAGUGACAACGAAAGGUGGUUGCCCUUGAAGGUUUCACUGUUCACGUAGCUUUAGUGUGUGUGUGUGUGUGUGCCAAAAACUUCAGUGUUGUGACAUGUUAUGGAAUUGGUGUCCAGCAGUUCUAGGGUAUUACAGUCCUCUUACAUGAGUAUUGCCAAUUUUGUACCUAUGAAGUUAGGCUUUGCAAAAUUUUUUGCGUCCAAAUUCAGGCAGUGAAUAAGGUGGGCUAAGAUGAGAUUUUUUUUUCUUGCGAAGUUGCUACCUGUUUUCUCUGUUCUUCUUUCUUCUCUUUUUCAGAUAAAGUAGUUUUCUCUGUUUGAAUGACACUAAUUCUUAUAGUACCUGAACAAUUAUUUUUUUCUCAAUUGUUAGCUGUUAUGUAUCCUAUUGUUUUAGUCAGUAUCAGGUUUACUUAGUUUUCUCCAUGUUAGGUUUGAGGGGUCGGCCGUUUCUUGAGUGAUGUGAAUCUUCUCUCAUACAUUUUGUGAGCUUUACACAAAGUAACAUAAAUGCAAGCUUAAGUGGUCGUGAAGGCUGAGCUGCUUCUGUGUCUUAUUCUGUUACUCUUUUUAUCUCCCUCUUAGUGGUUGCCUUAGUAAUUGAACUAAAAGCUUCUUACACACAUUAUUACAUGAUGCACAAGGUUUUUAGACAUGUCUUAGGUAACUGUGUACUUAGUUUGAAGUUUGUAUUUAUUCUGCUCUCCAUCCCCUAUGAUUUUUACUGCUGGUGCUAAAGAACGCUAACUAUCGUAGGAGGUCCUGUAAAUAGCUUGAGAUCUGUACAACUAUUAUUAUUUAUUUUACCAUUUUAUAAUUGUUGAGGCUUCCUUCUGUCUUGAUAUUAUUGAAAUUAUUACCAUAUAUCUGUAUGUGCAUAAAUUGUAUAGGUUUAUUUUAUUAUUAUAGCCUGUUGUUUUAUAUCUUCAGAGAUCACUUUACAUUUUAUCCCUCCUUCAUGUGUACUUAAUAUAUUGCACCUUCAACUAUGUAGCAUCCACAAAUAAUCAUUAAUAUAUUUGUUUACACAUUAUUGAUCUUACCUUAAAGCACAACUAUAAGUACGAGCAAGUGCUAUACUCCUCAGUGGCCCGCUGGCUGCCUCCCGACCCUCUGCCACCUAGAGAACAUACAUCAUAGUCUUGCUCAGUGUAGGCAAGAGAGUCUGUCUGCUCAUGCUGUUGCCAAAACUUCAGUAUUUUACCUUGACAGCUUUUAUUAUUAAAGCAAUAACUUUUAAAUGAGUAUUUAGUUUUGAAAUUGUCUGUAUUAAAAUGCAUUACUAUGUCUUGGUAGAAUGUAAUGAAUUGUUUGGCUGACUUAGCAUUGAAGCACCUGAUACUAGUCUUUUUCCAAGGUCACUGAUGUUGCAAAGCCUUGUGCAAUUAUUUGUUUCUGUUAUUAACAGUUUUUAUCUGCAAUAUGUUUGUUAUAUAUUUUUAAGCCCUUUCAGUUAUGUCACAGUUGGUCAGUGUUUAAUACUACAUGGUUUUGUGUCUUGCUGUUGAACUGGCUGUAGAGAUUUUUGACAAUCUUAUAAUAUCUUUCUUGCAUGUACCAAAAACAAAAAAACACAUACGCACUUUUAUCAAAGAAUUGUGUUAGUCCCAUUAUGUUAGUCUUGAUAAGUCAGCAGAGGAACAGUAUUAUGAAAGGUCUGCCACAAAUAUACAGAAUUAUGUCAAUGUUUGUUUUUAUAUACAGCAAUAAGAUUUAUUUUCUGUGAAUAUUCAAGUGGCUGGCUUAUAUAUAUUGUCCCUUUCUUUAUAUUAGCUUUCAGCAAUAGGCAUUAUAAAUAUAUUCAAGCCUCUUCCUCCUAGAGAUGAAGUCUUCUGUGUUCAUGGUAACUAUUUUGUGAAUUAUUUCAAACUGACUCAAUAUCUACUUAACAUUCAUGUGAAGUGCAAGUCACUUUGUUAUUGCUGAGCACAAACUGAGACUGCCAGUGAAGGAUAGUGGCAGCUGUACCCAUUUAGUGUAGUGUGAGGGGCAGCAUAUUCUUCAAGUGUGAUGGGUGAUAGUAGUGAAGUUUACUUAAGCCUCAAAAAAAGUAUUCAUAUCAGUAUGGAAUUGUUACACUAAUUCAGACAUUAGCACAGUUAAUUAUUAUGAAAUAUUGUUCAUUGUUUGAUUUUUACUUACACACUUGUUUUUUCAUUUUCACUUAAUGGCUACUUGAAUGAUGUGGAGGAUGGUGCUCACAUUUUGGUAAGGAGUUAAGCUAGAAUGUAAUGUUUCCUCUAUUUGCAUUCCUGAAGAUCUCAUAUUGCACUAAUGUUAUUAAUCUUUUUUAUUAAUAUAAUCUGGGUACAGAAUAUAGGGAGCUCAGAUGGGAAGUGUAAAUAAAAAAAAAGCUUUGACAGGUGAUUGUUUUUCAUCUUGUAUGAUGAGGCUAUUUUCUUGGGAUCUUUUGAUUAUCAAGGUUCAAAUUAAGACAUUUGUAUAAUUUUGAGGAUCAUUUUUUUACAUCCUUUUGAUAGGCGGUAACAAUAUGAAUUGCACUCAGCCCAGCAAUGGAACUCAUUUAUAUUUUCCAUGUUGUCAUCCAUGUUACAAUCAUGUAUUAAAUUUUAGUAGAAAACUGUAAUUUUAUGAUUCCAGUUUCAGUAUUGAGCUUUGUCUGUCUGAUUGCUGUGGUCUGAGGAAAUCUUGUUUGAGGUAACAUUUGUAUGUUUAGUGCAUAUUAUUCAUACUGUAGUAUAUCUGUGGACUUGGAAGAGCAAGCUUUAAAUUCAGAAUAUUGUCCUUAUGUCAACCAUUAAAUUUAUUUUCGCCCCUAAAGAAACCAUUUGUACAUUUUUUUUGUCUUCCUAGAGUAGUCUCCCAGCACCUCUCCUAUGGCCUCAUGGUGGGCAGGGGUGUACCAUGUAUUGUAGAACCAGUUCAUCAGGAUGCUCUUGACCAUCAUUCACAGCUCAGCUUUAUGUGUCUGUUCAGCCAUAGUUGUAUGUGGUGGUGGCGGCGGCUGGCCCCUGCCCUCAGUGCAAUGGGCCGGCCGGCCUACCACCAGCACUCAGUUUUUAUGGUCUGUGAGGUACUUACACAGUAAACAAGGAUCAAAUAGAUCA